GCGGGAGAAGGUGUUGAGCUAGCACCCUUCCUUCCUCGAUAUCCUUCCCUUUCGGCCGAUGCAAAUGCCCUUCUGUCCGAGCCUGAACCUGUGGGACCGGAGCCCGGCUCAUGCGCCUGAGAACCACAUCGCCAUCGAUGGCACGGUGGUCGUGUCUUGCCACUUUGGCCUGUCGUUGCCGGGGAAGACUACCACGCUUCGCCUCUUCAGCAGCACGCAGAUGGAUCCAAACACGGGCAAGGGGAAGCUGAGCGCGGAGGCGCCGCUGAGGGGCGGCAAGAAGACGAAGCAGCAGGGGAGGAAGACGAGCACGAUGGCGUACCAGGUGACCUUCUUCGUGGACGCCGAGUUCGGCACGCCGGGCGCCGUCGUCGUCAAGAACGGGCUGAGGAACGACCAGUUCUUCCUCCGCCACGUGCAGCUGAACCUGCCCGAGGACGGCCGGAGCGUCCACUUCGAGUGCAACUCCUGGGUCUACCCCUACAAGAAGACCAACGCCGACCGCGUCUUCUUCAUCAACACGAGCUACCUGCCCGACAGGACGCCCCAGGCUCUGCGCCUGCUGCGAGACGAGGAGCUGCGGAGCCUCCGGGGCAACGGCCGCGGCGAGCGCAAGGACUGGGAGCGCGUCUACGACUACGACCUGUACAACGACCUGGGCGACCCGGACAAGGAGGACCGCGCCCGCCCGGCGCUCGGCGGCACCGCCACGCACCCGUACCCGCGCCGCUGCCGCACCGGCCGCCCUCUCUUCAAGACAGACGGCGUGACGGAGACGCGGAAGCACCUCAUCAACCUCGACUUCUACAUCCCGCCGGACGAGCGCUUCAGCCCGACCAAGCUGGCGGAGGUGCUGGCGCUGGCGGUGCAGGCCGUGACGCACUUCGUGGUGCCAGAGUCCAACGCGCUGUUCCACGGCAACGUCAACAGCUUCCGCUCGUUUGAUCAGCUCAAGGACGACCUGUACGGCAGGAGACCGCCGGUCGCCGUGGAUGGGCAGGUGAUGGACAAGCUCAAGACGUCGGUGCCGUCGCACAAGACCUACAAGCAGGUGUCCAAGAUGGUCAAGGAGACGCCCGUCAAGUUCCCCAUCCCUCAAGUCAUCGAGCAUGAUCAGGAGGCGUGGCGUAGCGACGAGGAGUUCGCUAGGGAGAUGCUGGCGGGGCUCAACCCGGUGGUGAUCAGUAGACUAGAGGUGUUCCCGCCGGUGAGCAGAGGAGGGAAGAAGAGCUCCAUUACGGAAGCGCACAUCGAGAGCCAGCUCCAAGGACGAACUGUGCAAAAGGCACUAGAUGACAAGAGGCUGUAUCUUCUUGACCACCAUGACUACCUGAUGCCAUACCUGCGGCGCAUCAACACGCAACAAGGGGUGUGCGUCUACGCGUCGCGCACGCUGCUCUUCCUCAGGGACGACGGCGCCCUCAAGCCUCUUGCCAUAGAGCUCAGCCUGCCCGGUGACGGCGCCGAGGUCAGCAGCAGGGUCAUCCUCCCUGCGACCCCAGGGACGACCGAUGGACACCUGUGGUGGCUUGCUAAGGCUCAUGUCUCCGUCAAUGAUUCAGGCUACCAUCAGCUCAUCAGCCACUGGCUGUUCACGCACGCGACGGUGGAGCCGUUCAUCAUCGCCACCAAGAGGCAGAUGAGCGCCAUGCACCCGAUCCACAAGCUGCUGGAGCCGCACUUCAAGGACAACAUGCAGAUCAACACGCUGGCCAGGAGCAUCCUGCUGAGCGCGGGCGGCAUCCUGGAGAGGACCAUGUACCCGGGGAAGUACGCCAUGGAGAUGUCCUCGGCCAUCUACUCCGAGUGGAGGUUCACGGAGCAGUCCCUGCCCAACGAGCUCGUCAAGAGGGGCAUGGCGUCCAAGAUGGGCGGCGGCGCCAUCGCCCUGCACGUGGAGGACUACCCGUACGCGGUGGACGGCAUGGACGUGUGGCGCGCCAUCGAGGGCUGGGUCAGGACCUACUGCGCCCACUUCUACCACUCCGACGCCGCGGUGGCCGCCGACGCGGAGCUGCAGGCGUGGUGGGACGACGUCCGCCGCGUCGGCCACGGCGACCGCCAGCGCGACCCGGCGUGCUGGCUGGACCUCGACUCCGUGGCCAACCUCGCCGAGUCGCUGUCCACGCUCAUCUGGAUCGCCUCCGCGCUGCACGCCGCCGUCAACUUCGGCCAGUACGGCUACGCCGGGUACAUGCCCAACCGCCCCACCCGGUGCCGCCGCUUCGUGCCGCUGCCGGACUCCCCGGAGAUGGCGCAGCUGGAGGCCGACCCGGACAGGUUCUUCCUCGACACGGUGCCCGACCGCUUCACCGCCACGCUCGGGCUCACGCUCAUCGAGGUGCUCUCCAACCACACCUCCGACGAGCUCUACCUGGGCCAGCGCGCCACCGCGGCGUGGACCGACGAUGGGGAGGUGCUGCAGCUGCUCGACAGGUUCCGGGAGGAGCUCCGCCGGGUGGAGAAGCGGAUUACGGAGAGGAACAGGGACCCGCGACUCAAGAACCGGAAGGGACCCGCCAAGGUGCCGUACACGCUGCUGUUCCCGGACGUCGGCGGCAAGGAGAAGGGGAUCACCGGCAAAGGGAUACCCAACAGCGUCUCCAUAUGACAAUUGACAAGCUCGCUCCUUUUUUUUUUAUUGUUUUGUUGCAGAGGAUCUGAUUAUGGUUGUCGGUUUAAUUUCGUUGUGAGCAUCAUUGUGUUAAUAUGUUUUAUUGCGAUGAUUGGUUUGGAAUUUAAA